CCAUACUUAGAGGCAGUUAAGUGCUCAGAGAAGUUCGUUCUCACAGAAAGGUCUGCAACAACCUCGAAGCUAGUUCAAACUAGUGGGAGGUUGACUGCACAGAAAAGCCAGUCACCAUCCUAAUCAAACCUUCCAUAUACCAUAUAUUCAGUAAUUAGCUCGAUUAUUGUAAACGACAAGUAGCUAAUUAGCUGGCAAGUACGGUUUUUGUUGAAUCUAUCGAUCGAUAUGGCUCGUGGAAAGGUUCAGAUGAAGAAGAUCGAGAACCCGGUGCACCGACAGGUUACCUUCUGCAAGCGCCGAGCAGGGCUCCUGAAGAAGGCUAAGGAGCUCUCUGUGCUAUGUGAUGCAGAUAUUGGAGUUCUGAUUUACUCCUCCCAUGGAAAGGUCUUUGAACUAGCCACCAAAGGAACCAUGCAAGAGCUUAUUGAAAGGUACAUGAAAGUGAAGCCUGCUCGAGCACAGGCUGAAACAGUCAUGGAAACCCAGACUCUGGAUGCAAAGAGGGAGGUUAACUUGCUGAAACAGGAGAUUGGAAUUCUACAAAAAGGUCUCAGGUAUAUGUUUGGAGGAGGUGCUGGGACAAUGUCUUUGAAUGAACUGCAAGUGCUUGAGAAACAUCUUGAACUUUGGAUUUACCAUGUUCGUUCAGCAAAGAUGGACAUUUUGCUACAAGAGAUUCAAUUGUUGAGGAAUUCAGAAGGAAUACUGACAGCUGCAAAUAAGUAUCUUCAAGACAAGAUUGAAGAGGACAGAGGAAUCACUAACCUUAUGCCAAUGGCCUCUGAUAGUCCAUAUCCACUAACCAUUCCAAACGACGACAUAAUUUCAAUCUUAGGAAGCAACUUUGGUUUGAUGAAUUAUAAAUGAAUAGUAUGUAUUGAUCUUAUUGGGAGGUGAAAGCUCAGAAAAUAAAUAUAUUAAUUAUGAGCAUUUGUAUUAAUAAUCUAGUACCUAGAUUGUAAAUCAAUACAGUUGUGUAUUGUACAAUUGGUGCUACUGAGGUACACUGGCAUUGUAAUUUGAUGAUACCAUGUUGUUAGUACAAUAAAAUCUCUAUAAAUUAAUA